CCCUAACCAUCCACUACAAGUGCACACUGUAGACCCGGGUUCAGUUCAAACCAAUUGGGUGAUUAAGUGCUGAAGGUUUAAUGUUUCGCCUGCAGCGUUACAGUCAGCAGACUUUUCACAGAGUGGAGAAUGGGCAGCUGCUACAGCAAGUUGUGCUGUUGUAAAUCGAGAGAGAAGAAAGAAGCCCAAUCAAAACAACACAAAGAAGUUUCUCACGAAUUAGCAGCACUUCGUGGCGAUGGUGCUUUGCCUGGAGCUGCUUGUAAUCUGCUGCAGGGGGCAGAGACUGUCGCUCUGGAACUACAUGAGAAAGAGGUGGAAAGGAUCAGGGAGGAGCACGAGAAGGAACUUGCACAACUCAGGGAAGACCUGUGGUCAACGCACAACACGGAGAAGCAACAGCUUCAACAUCUCCACACAGAGGCCGUUGAGAAACUGAAAAAGGACCAGCAAAAGAAAGAAGGAGAGUUGUUGGACUCCAGAAUAGUGGAACUGAAAGCCAGCCACAGCAAGUACGUCAAGUCUCUCAGGGAAGAACGUGAAACUGCAUUAGCAGAGCUUGUAGAACAGCACAAACUGGAGAUAGAGUCAUUGACUGAAUCCUUUGAGAAAGCCAACAACUGCCUUAAGGAAAGAAUAGAGGAGCUUACAACCCAGGUCAACGCGUUCCAAAUGAAGACGAAGAAAAUUGAGGAUGCAAUAUCAAGAAGAGGUCUCAACAGAGAUGAUAGGAAUUUGCGACCACCAACACUAUUCUGGGUUCAGGAACUGGAGAGCUUACACUUUGUGGUGGAGAUGAAGAAUGAGAAGAUUCAUCAGCUGGACAAGCAAGUGUUACAGAUGAAGAAUCUGGUUGAAGGGAACCUCUUACUUGAGGAGAAAGUUAAAACACUUCAGCAAGAAAAUGAAGACUUGAAAGUUCGCCUGAAAAACCAACAGGCCUUUGCAAGGAAAUUAUCCAUGGAACAUGAGGCCCUGCAGCAGGCUUUGGAGAAGGAAGCUAUGAUGAAGGAGAGACUUUUUCAUGAGAAGGAAGAAUUGGUCUGGAAACUGCAAAGUGGAGAUGGCUCGCGUCCUGGGGAGAUUUCAUGGGGGCAUCUUCACUCAGAGUCAAAAGGAACAUCACUAACGUGACAGUGAUCAAUGGACAAGCAGGAGCUUUAUCACAGAACUUAAAAAAAAACCUUUUUAUAUUGUCUGAAAGAAGCUGAAAGUAUCUACCUCAGCAAGCUUGGUCUCCGGUUGUGUCAGUGGAUUCAGGAGCUGAGCUAAUUAUAAGCCAUAGGUGAAUUUUAAAAGAAAUGUUGCACUGUAUCUUUAAAGGAUACAUUACUAAUGCAUUGCCAUUCCUCAGGUGAACCUGUUUAGAAGAACAAAUUUGGAAGAAGGAACAGAUGAACUUUAUCUAAUAUGAUCCACACUUCCUUGUGAAAAGAAAAUGCUGCAGAUCUUGCCACUGGAAUGACUUAUUAAAAGCUGGUUGCUGUUAUAUUUUCACACAGUUUCAGAUACCUGGAAAAUGUAUUGGUUUUGUCAAAAUGGCAACAGUUUGUGCUACUUAGUGAGACUUGUCUUCCUUGAUGCAAGCGGUCAUACUGACAUUACAAAAAAACUAACCUGAGUUUAUUUUAGUUUGUUGUUCAGAACAGUUGGUCUUUGCGAUCAACAGCAAGUGUAUAGAUCAUGACAUUGGUUUUAUAAUUCAUGCAGUUUUAUUCAAUAAGGACCUUCAGAGCUGGCAAAAUGGUGGAUGAGAAUUGCAUAUUCAUCUGCUGUGGAGAAAAUGAUAUCCAUAAGUGAAAUUCCUGAAUAUUACACAGUGAAAACUGGGAUACAAAUUAAUGUUUAAUCACUAGACAAUUUGUAAGGAAAACACAAUUUUAAAUAAUAGGCCAAAUCUUGAUGUAUCAAAAUCAUUAUUUAUAAGAAUAUGAGAAAUGAAUAUAGCUGUAAGGGAGUCAAGCUCUGCUGCUGCCCCUCUGUCACUCAGUAUGAUGAUAGGUGGUUCUUUACCUCAGCAGCAAAGCCUGAGGUUUAUUUAUUUACUUAUUCAAUAUUCAGGAUCCGUGACUCACUCCAAGCCCAGUAUCUGUUACCCACCUGUUUCUGUCCUAGAUACUUCUGACAUGUUGGUAGAGAUGUAGUGAUGGUGAAAGAACAGUAAUAUAUUUCACAUGUGCACACUGCCCUUGGCCUUACUGGUGGUAGAGAUGGUGGAUUUAGUAGAGGAUUUGAAAGACACACUACUCUCUUUACCUCUCUCCUGAAGCAGGACACCAUUGUUCUCACCAGGAUUUGCAACCCACACCCUCCACCUAUCACCUCCUAACCUCUGUCACUAUUGCUACUCUUCCCUCCUCCGUCCACCCAGCUCUUGCUCCACUCACUCUCUUUAUACUGCUUAUCUCCCCUCCACUCUUUCAAUCCACAUUAACUAUCCAUUUCCCAUCACAGAUGAUGCUUGCCUCCAUUACAGGAAUCAAUCUGAUAAACUUUUCUUGCAUGUGUAUUAUUCCUUGGGUAGGGAGACUAGAUUUAAGAUGUGCUUUUCCUGAUGGAGUCUCCACAGAGUUCUAUGCAAUUACAGUUAGGCUCCUCAAAACACUCUUUAUCAUAAUUAUAGUUACAAUAAAUACUUCUGUUUAGAUCAAUUUCAUAAGAUGUUUGUAGGUUUCAUUUCCUCAUGCAGAAUGUUCUGGGUCUUUAACUUAAGCUUUUUUUGGGACCACAGCCACUAUAGAUUGCUGUGUGCGUAUUAAAAAUCCAGCACGAGUUGGACUAUUGGUUGGAUUUAUAAGAGAAGUUUUAUUAUCUUUGGGAAGAUGGCUUGUAAUAUCGAUGGUGGUUAUAAAUAUUCUUGCAGUUUACCUGUGAUACACAGAAAGCAUCUUCAGUUUUUUAUGCAGUCUGUGAUUUCUAUGCAAACUAUGAAGUGUAAAUUUUAACUGGCUCCUUUAAUUUGUAAAGGAGCUUACAAAUAAUAAACUCACACACCUGUGAAACUGGUUUUGCCAUUACCAAACAGAAUAUUCAAACAGGAUGUUAAUAUUUAUCUUGUAACUCCAGAAUCCACUGCACCAUUCAGUAAGGUUUUUAAAAAAGAGACAAUCAGAAAAGUCAAGAAAUGUAUCAGUAAAUCUAAUAUAGUGCAGAUAUAUCUGAAAUAAUAGCACUUUAUUUGCCUUGUGGAUGGGAGGAUAUUGUGUUCAAUUUUUGUUGUCACUGAUGCAUAUUUAAAAUAAAUGAAUACCAAAACAAAAUUCAAAGAUAAAG